AUGACUCAGCUCCCAGAAUCAACUUCUGCAGCAGAAUUCGUUUGCAAGUUCUGGUCAAGCAAAUAUAUUUUCUGGUCAAGUAUAUUUUCUUCAACGGCUAAUCUUGUAGUGCUUUCCUUUGAUCGUUACUUAGCAGUGAUGUGCCCACUAAAAUACAAUUUAUUCAAGGAAAAGGAAGACGGUAAUGAAACAGUUAGGAAAAGACUAAGAAACUUAGUAAUCUAUGAAAUAAAACAAGCUAAAACAAAUUUUAAUGCUAGGAAAAUUAGACCUCUUCGACAAUCAAACCCCCGGAGGUGGCAUAGAGAGAUUCGUGUAGCUGCCAACAUAUCUAGAAAAGAUCCAUCUAUUAAAGUGGCUGAUAAUGAUAUUAAUCCUGAGAAUCAUGUAGCUGUUGCUAAUGCUAUAAAUGCACACUUAGCCAAUUUCUCUCAGAUCCAUGAGCCACUCAAUCUAGAUAAAUUGCCAGCAUAUCUACCUAGCUCUAAUCCACCUCCUCAGUUUGAACCACAUGAGAUUUUUGAGGACCUACGUAGAAUCAACAUUAAUAAAGCUGGGGGUCCUGAUAGCAUCCCUCCUAAAGUUUUACGGAAAUGUGCAUUUGAACUGAGUGUCCCAGUCACAGACUUAAUUAAUGCCUCAUUAGCCCAGGCAAAGGUACCAACACAGUGGAAGGAAGCUAAUGUAGUUCCGGUCCCUAAACAGUACCCUGCUACUAUUUCAAAACUAAGACCAAUUUCCCUUACCUCAAUUUUGGCAAAGGUAGCGGAAGGGCGGGUUGCAAAAGUCUUAACUGAAUGUAUUAAAACCAAAUUAGACAAACGGCAGUAUGGUAAUCAGAAAGGUGUGUCUACCACCCACUGUCUAGUUGAUAUCUAUCAUAGUGUUAUGGAGUGCCUUGGAGAGGCCAGCCACUACCAGUACACUGGUACUCACUGA